CUCUAUAUUGUAAUCUCGAAAUAUUCUUUCAAUAAAUCGAAAACCUCCACUGCAAUCAUUAUGACCAGAUCAAAGAGGCUAGAGCUUAAGGCUGUUGGUGACCUCGACAAUGAGCGGCGCCUCCGAAUACUCGGAAUUAUCGAUAAACUCCGCGAACUUGGAGUGGGCGAAAACGUGUCUUUACCUCAGCUUGUAGUCGUCGGUGACCAAUCUAGUGGAAAAUCUUCGCUUUUAGAAGGGCUUACGGGGCUUUCAUUUCCCAUCGCUAGUGAUUUGUGCACCCGUUUUGCAACGCAAAUUGUUCUACGUCGUGCGCCUCAAGCUGAAGCAGCUGUGAAAAUCUCGAUCAUUCCUGGUCCAGAUGCACAGGGAGACGAAGAGACUCUGGAUCGUUUGCUCAGCUUCGAACAAACUUUGCCUGUCGACGGUUUUGAUAGUGGGAGACUUCUAGAUGUGUUCGACGAGGCUGCCACAUGCAUGGGUCUCCCAGGCCCAAGCACCAAGAAAAUAGAGGAUCUUCAGAAACGAUUCUCCGACGACAUCCUCAGGAUUGAGUUAUCUGGGCCAGAGCAUCACCACCUCAGCGUUGUCGAUGUCCCCGGUCUCUUUCAUAACCCUACCAAGUACCAGACAGAAGAAGAUCGAGCAAUUAUUCGAAAACUCAUCGAAAACUACAUUACGGACAAAAGGACCAUAAUUUUGGCUGUCAUGGACGCGCGCAACAAUCUUGCUAAUCAAGAAGUGUUUUCCAUGGCCCGUGCAGCUGAUCCUGAAGGCAAACGUACCGUUGGUAUCAUCACGAAAUGCGAUGCAUUGCAGCCCGGAGAUGAACAUAGCGUACUUCGAAUCGCCAAGAACGAAGUUGAGAAGCUCACUCACGGUUGGUUCGCCGUCAAAAAUCGCUCAACUCAAGAGAUUGCAGAUGGUGUGACAAUUGAACAACGGCAUGUUCGCGAAAAGACUUUUUUCGCUACUGAGAGCCCAUGGACGGAAUUGAAAAAGGAAAGGACUGGUAUACAUGCGCUUAAGACCUUCCUUGGGGGUCUUCUGUAUGAUCAUAUCCGAAAUGAGUUCCCAGAAGUAGUCAACGACAUUGAGCAGCUCGCAACCAGCACCCAGAAGGAACUAGAAUUGCUUGGACCGUCGCGCCAAACUGCCGCGGAUCAGAGACGAUUUCUGGCGCGCCUUGCCAUUGCAUACCAACAAGAUGUCGCAAACGCUUUAAGUGGCAACUAUGAUCCGGAACUUAGUGGCGAUAGUGCGAUGAAGCUUCGCAUGCACAUAAGCAGGCUAAGUGAAAGGUUUGCUAAGUACAUGGCCCACAAAGGACAUGCGAAGAUAUUCCAGGACGUUGAGGGUGGAAUUGACCAAGAAUUCUCCCGCUCCGGUGACGACGGGGGCGAUAUCAUGCAAUGGAUUCGAGAGCUCUACCGCGAAUCCCGAGGCGCAGAACUACCUGGAACAGUCAACCCAAGGGUACUUGAGAAUAUGUUUCGUCAGCAGUCUAGUCCAUGGAAACAAAUUGCAACAACGUACAUCGCUAAGGUUUACUCUGUCAUUCAGCAAUACAACGAGGUUGUGUUCAAACAGUUGGUUCCGGACGACGAUCUGAGGCACAAGUUGAGGAUAAAGCUAGCAAAGGGGGAUAAAGAGGCUGUCGAAGAAGCAAAUAAGCAGCUACUCAGAAUCCUGACCGACGAACGAGGGGGCAUUCUUCAAACCGUCAAUCACUAUUUUGCUGAAAACCUCUCAGCUAUACGGGAGGAGCGAGUGCUUGCAAGACUUCGAGCAGCAGGGCUUCAAGAUGGUGGUUAUUUUGAAACAUCAUACUUGAUGUCAAAGGUUCACCUCGGUAAUGAAGAGCAGGCUGUUAACGACAUCCAUGAUAUUCUCAAGGCGUACUACAAAGUAGCCAUGAAGCGUUUCACGGAUAACGUUGUGCUUCAAGUCACUGAACGGCAUCUGCUAGGCUCAAACGGGCCAGUGAGAUCUUUGACAUCAGAAAUGGUGGGAGAUCUCCAAGAUGGCGAAUUGACGGACAUCGCGGGCGAGAAUUUUUCCACCUCGAGCACUAGGAAUGAUCUGAAGAUCAAGCUCGAUCGAUUCCACAAAGCGUUGGAUAUUGCACGUCAAGCGGUGAUCUAG